CCUCUAAACGUUACUGUGUAGUGUUCGUGACAAAAGCUGAUUUAGUAUCCAAGUUCCCGUGGUUAACCCAUGCUACUUCUAAUCAAUCUUCCAGCUAGCAACUCUCCCAGCCAUGUGAACGCGGCCUAAUGGCGCUAUGUGCCCUCGGUCUGGUGACGGGAGACUCGGCGCUAGCAGGGACUGCACUCGGGGAACUGAUAAAGCUUGGAGGAGAAGGUAAUAAAGACCUGCAUUACGAGAUCUGCUAUCUUUUCUCAAGAUUCUACACUCUUCAGGGUGACCCUCGCCUCGGUCUUCGUCAUAUUGUCAAGGCUGUCCAUCGGCACCCGGACCGUGCGGAAUUAUGGGAUCAGCUGGCGGCCUUUAUUGUACAAGUCUGUCCUGACGAUCUGCAGGUAGCUAUGGCUAUUCGAGGCCAACAGAGCUUUACAUCAUUACACCAGUUACAUUACAAUAUAAAAGACAAUAAUGCAGCAUCUUUGAUCAAUUGCUCAGUGCGAGAUACUCUGUCACUUUGCCAAAUUUCAUAG